GUAGUGCUAUUAUGAACUUCAAAUUUAUAUAUACAACCAACUCUUCAGAUCAGCAACUCUUCACACAUUUGCAACAUGAAUAACAUUAAACCAGUUCCAGUAUUCUCCAUUCACCCCCCUGUCCAUCAUACCAGCUUAAAAUUCAGAUCCAGUGAACCACCUUUAAACAAAGAUUUACAUCAGAUUUUCCAAGACUCUCUUGAAUCUGACUCAGAAAUUCCCAUCCAAGAAAUAAAAUUCCAGUCUAAUCUUCAGAAACAGAACCAAGAUCAUGAAUCCCUAAUGAAGGAAGUUUUUGAGGAAAUGGAGCCUGACAGUUUAGAAGAAGAAAGUCCACAAUUUCAAAAUCUGAGCAAGUCAGAAGAGGCCAGUAAUGAAAUAGUUAAGCUGUCCCAGGAGAAGCAUCCCCAACCUCAGGUGCCUGUUGAAAACAAAAGUCAGCAACUAUUAGUGGACAAAUACUCAGACCUUCGGUAUGACCCAAACUGGAAGAAUAACAAAGAAGGAGAAAAUUCAGCUCUGAAAAGAUUGCAGCCGACUGAAGAGAGCUCCACACAAAGCUUUUCUUGGGAUCCGCUCUGUUCUUCUAAGGAAACUUCAUUCGAGCUGUCAAGGGAAAAAAGUGAACUGGAGAAAAGCUCCCAAAGUUCAGUUACAUUAAUGGGCAGUGAAUUUUUGAGUUCUAAUUAUGAACGUGGUGACCUCAACAGUGAGUCAAUUUCAUUAAUGAGUAGUAGUGAUAUAGGAGACAAGUCUGCCAGCCCAUCAGAGCACAUCAAGAGUUCAAGUUCACAUAAUGAUGUCUUCCUGCCAGGACCACGGCCUCGACCAAGGAAGUCCAAACAAGAUAUUGUGGAAAAAAAUAAAGUGACGUUAGGAUUAUCAAUACAUAAGACAGGCUCAUACCUUCAUCAGCACAAUAAGAAAAUGGGUGGCAUCCGUCCAGAGAAGAUCUCCAGCACUGUUGUGACUGACACAAAGCCUGAGAGCACUGAGGAGGCUGAAAAUCCUGUUGUGAAUCCUGAAGACAAAUGGCAUCAGAGAGCCCGGCUGCUACAGGAUUACCAAGAACAGUGGUCUCAAAGUGAAAGAACAAAAUUCACUCAAGUGCCUAGGCAGCUAACUUCUGAAACAACUGAUGGCUGGCUGCCUUCAAGAAGAAAAGGCGUACAUAAAGUUCGAAGACAAUAUAAACUUUGGAGUGGGCCCAAACCACCAAACUCACAUAUUAAGCCCAGUGUGCCUAAAGAACUAGACAUAAGUCAAGGUAACCAGAAUUCUAUGCCCAGAGGACAGUAUAAACAGAUUAAACCAGCUGGUCCUUCAAUAAAUCUUGAACAAGGUGUAAAUUUGAAUAAGCCUGUCAAUCAUUUACAAGACUUGAAUGUUUUUAGACCUCAACAAGACAAAGAAGCACCCAGUAACUUUACUUUAUCCAAACAACCUUCUAAUAAAUCCACUUAUAAAAAUCCUGCUGAAUUUAAUUCCUUAUUGCGUAUUAAUGAAGAAAGAAGACAUCAGCGCUUUCAAGAAAGCAGUUCUUUGAUUUACAGGUUCAACAUUCAGCCUGAUUGGGACUUCAGCUACAUUAAGGGACACCAGAAAGGCUCUAAAUCUACUUCUAAUGUGGAUAAUCAAGGAUCAUUUGAAAAUAAAGCUUCAUCUCUGAGACAACCAAAACAGACCUAUUCAGAAUCAAGCUAUAAUAACUUAGAUAUGCUAUGGAAAUUCCAUCCUUCAUCUGAAACUCAGCCGGCAAGAGUUUCUCCAGAUACUCAGCUCACCCACAUAAUGGAGCAGCAUCAACAAGCCUUAAUGCAGUUGACAGAAGUACAACCCAGUGAAGUAACUUCCUCCAAUACCAUGUUCCCAUCAGUAUUCUCAAGAGUAGACAGUGAAUCCCAACUCGAUACCGGAAAAAGCCAGACAAGUCAGACAACACUUAGCCGCUGCAAUUCUGAAGGCUACCUGUUACAACUGGAGAAGAAGAAAAAGCACAAAGACAGAGUUGCCAGCAAGAAUUAUAGGAUGAAAGGUUACCAGAAAAAAGAUGUGAAACUUGGAGGCCUUGGACCUGACUUUGAGUCCAUCAAAGACAAAAUCAAAACAUUAAAGCAACAGAAAGAAUAUGCAAAACAGGUUAAGGAGUACAACAUGAAAGCUCUGUCCUCUGGGUCAAAACCACAAACAGCAAAACCGGAGAGUAAACCCUCCAUUUCUCGUCAGAAGGCUUUGGAAUAUGCUAGGAAAAUUCCGAAACCUAAACCAGUUUUGGCAUCGAAUCUGAAUGAUCAAGAAUCAAAGCAAAAGGGAAAUCUGUCUUGUUCUGGAAAAGAAAGGAAUUUACCUGAAAUCUCAUUGCUAGAAAUGCUACAGAGCAGACACGAAAGAGAAAAACAGGCUGUAGCAGCUUUCAAAGUCCUUCACAUCGUGUAGAAAAUGUGUCCUUAUGAAGACCUAAUAGGGACAAGGUAUAUGAAAAAAGGGAACUCCAAUCCAAUUCAUCCCUGUAGACAGUAACUGCCUUUCAUUCUAAUCAGGAUACAGUCUCUAUGUGUUUCCAUGGGAUUAAAAACAUCAGGCCAUAUUACAUGGUUCCGUAAUCUGCUUUCCUUUAGGUCAGAAAUCAUAUUGAAAUCAUUUACUUUUCAAAUCAGUAAGAAUUUGGUCUGACUAAUGACCAGACAAUAAAGCCUUGUAGUUUAUUAAUAUUGGAUGUUUUUAAUUUUAAAAUAUGCAUAUUUUUGUUUUACAAAAUGUUACCAAUGAUGUUACGUGAAAUUAAUCAGCUCAUACUUUGUCUCUUUCUUGUUAAGGAAAAUAUUUUUAAAAGAAUUUCAUUUUCUCCCACAAUAAAAUUUACAUGGACUAAUUGAGCACA